AUGGCUGCUGCUCGCACCUUCAGUGCCUGCUCCGCCAAUCAUGGCUACAAAUUCCUUUGCCUGCCUCUACAUCACCGUCUUCCUAUAGGUCAACUACAUUCUCGUAUGCGACAACUGAAUAUUAACACCAGCCAUAUCCUCAACAUCCAUUACCCCAACCGCCAUCUUGUUGCCCUCGUAAUCCAUAAUGAUUACGAAAUUGAGCUCCGUUUACUAUUAAAGAAAUUUGGGAUUCCCGUUCAGGAUGAUUACGAUCUUUUAGGCCCCUCAAACCUUCGUAAUCCUAACUAUGACAACUAG